AAUGCGGGCGUCUUUCGUGCGUGAAUUCAAUACAAAGAAUACAUAUUAAUGUAAAUAUUGUCGACAAUAGCAGUGAAAUACUCUUUUCAAUUUCCAGGAUAUACAGACCCAACGCUCAUAACUUCCCUCAGAGUUGUCAGUUCCACAGGUUUGGGCACCGACUCUAACAUCGCUCAACAUUACUGCACGUAACACAACAGUACAGUAACUGAACUUUUUUCUACUUUUGUCGGUCUAUUGUAUCGCAUCCCUAAACCCCAGCCCAACAAAGAGUGCUUUAACUCCUCUCCACUUCUCUCUCCAUCACUAAUCACUACACGUGAAGAAAAAGUGGGCCUUAAGUCACCAUCCGUUUCACGUAUACCACAGAUGUUCUCUCCAUUUAAAAGUUUGUGAGCUUUAAAUUUUGUAGUCAUCUCUCAAGAAAUCGCAGCAAUUCAAGAGAUUUGUCAUCAAUUAAGACAAUGAUUGCCAAUAGAGUGAUCUCGAAGUUUGUUCUGCCAUACGAUACCUCUUCGACGCCAUAUAAUAAUUCAGACUUUGAUCCCGAAGUUUACGAUCUCUGUCAGCAGGAGUUGGGAUCAAAUCAUUUACGAGUUGCCAAAUGCAUUGUCGUCGGAGAUAUUGCCGUCGGAAAAACUUGCCUUAUAAACCGAUUCGGAUAUAAUGUUUACGCCAAUAACUAUAAGGCAACCAUUGGUGUGGACUUCGAUGUCCAGAAGUUUGAGAUAUUGAACACACCAUUCAGUCUACAAUUAUGGGAUACUGCGGGUCAGGAGAGAUUUAAAUGUAUAACAACCACAUACUAUCGGGGGUCGCAUUGCGCGGUCAUAGUGUUUGAUUUGUCAAACAUGUCGUCCCUAUUGAGUGUCGAGAAAUGGCUGGAAGAAGUACUGGAAGCCAACUCACGAUCAGACAAACCGCUGCUGUUUUUGGUCGGAACCAAAAGAGAUCUGUUAAACGAAGGCGCGGCUCAGUUCGUCGCUUCAGAGGCCGCGAAGAUUGCCAACCGAUUGGAGGCCGAGUUCUGGACAGNGCAAUGCGACCCCCGAUAG